AUGUCUGCUCAGAGAGACUUGAAAAUGGCACAUGCCCCUGUUGAAAUCAUCUAUGGCGUCGCAGCGGCUCCUUCAUGGAGUCCGGACGAGAUGAGGAACAGAUUCAAUGUCUUGCAUCAACACAACGUGACUAGCCUUGACACCGGCGCAGCAUACGGGGACAGUGAGACCGUCCUUGGCGAAAGGCAUGCCCCAAAGGAGUUUGUGAUCCAUACCAAGGCGCCUGCACUUUACCCUCGUUGUCUGACGAGGCAGCGUGUUUUGGAUGGGAUGCAAAAAAGUCUGAAGGACCUUGGCGUGGAUAGUGUCGAUCUUUAUUACCUGCAUCAUCCAGAUGCACAAGUUCCGAUUGAAGAAACUUUGUCUGCAAUUCAGGAUAUAUAUGCCGCUGGAAAGUUCAAACGGUUCGGUCUCUCAAAUUUCCCGCCCGAGCAAGUCCAGCAGGUGUAUGACAUUCAGUCAGCGGCUGGGUCUGUCGUACCAACAGUCUUUCAGGGAAAUUACAAUGCCGUAUCCCGCCAUAUUGAGGUUGAUCUCUUCCCGUUGCUCCGCAAGCUCAACAUCAGCUUCUAUGCGUACUCUCCGAUCGCUGGAGGCUUCUUAGUCAAGGACACAGAGUCAUUAAAGUCAAAGAACGUCGAAGGUCGCUUUAGCGGCAGGACUAGCCUCGGCGAUAUGUAUAACACCCUCUACGGCAAGGAAUCUCUGUAUCAGGCGCUAGAUGAGUGGGGAGUCAUCGCAGACGACGCCAGCAUUAGCAAAGCGGCGCUAAGCUAUAGAUGGAUUGCAUACCAUAGCGCAUUGAAGAAGGAGGUUGGAGAUGGGCUUAUCAUUGGGGCGAGCAAGGUUUUGCAGCUUGAGGAGACCUUGACAGCAGUUGAGGCAGGACCCUUGGACGUGUUGACUGCGAAGCGAGCCAGUGACAUUUGGGAGAAGGUAAAGCAUGAAGCGCCACGAGAUAACCUGGACUUCUUGAAAAUCUGA